UUUACACAAAGCCUUAUAAGAGAGACCCCAGAGGCUUCAGAAGAACACUGAGGAUCAGACUGUGAAAGACUCUUCAGGUCACACCUCAUCAUCUAAGAUGCUCCGCAACAUCAUUUUUAUCGCCUGUCUCUUAUGUUCAGUGUGUGCAGCUCACUGGGAGAUUCGAGAAGUGGAGUCUUCCGAGGAUGUCGAUGACAUGCCGGCGGACGGAAUGACAAAACAGAAGCUGCCUGGCCUUUGUUGGGUGUGUAAGUGGGUCAUGAACAAGGUGAAAAAAAGGGUCACCGUGAACUCAACACCGGACGAAAUUAAAACGAAGCUGUUUGCCACCUGUGAUCAAAUUGGCUUUAUGAAGAAAGAGUGCAAGAAGUUCAUUCAGAAGUACAUGAGCACUUUGGUUGAGGAACUCAGCACCACUGAUGGUCCAAAGACCAUCUGCACCAGCAUACGCGCCUGCAAGUCAAAAUCGGCAUUCUUAAAGGAUUUCAUUCUUUAAUUUGAUCAAGUAUUUGACAAUCUCUAAAAUCACUAACAGCAUUAUAUGCAUUACAAUGAAAUCACCGAUUUAAUGUAAUGUAUGUAUGCAAUGAGUGUAUGUAUGAAAUAAAAUUCAUAUCUACGA